AUGUUCCACAAGGAUAACGCCAUAAUCUCUGAGUACGCUCCCCCGGUGGAGGUGAACAAGCCGAGUGAUGCACCACCAGCCAUCACCGAGACCGCCGUAGCUGGUGAAGUCCAGGAGCAUCCGGAGGAAGCGCCUUCUGGAAAUGAAGUAGCUGAGUCCAAAACGACGUCUUCCGCUGAGAAAGAGGAAGCCUCUACUCAGGUCUCGGAAACCUCUAAUGCGCCCGUUGAAAAGUCCGACGUUACUGUUGUCAGGCCCUCUUAA